AGUCACCGCACAAUUGAUACUCACCGCCCAGUUGACAGCCACCGCACAGUUGAUACCCACUACACAGUUGAUACUCACCGCCCUGUUGAUGCCCAUCGGCAGGUUGACACCCACCACCUAGUCGACUCUCAACGCCCAGUUGACGCCCAUCGGCAGGUUGACUCGCACCACCUAGUAGACUCUCAUCGCCCUGUUGACUCUCUGCGCCUUGUUGACACCCAUCGACAGGUUGACUCGCACCACCUAGUCGACUCUCACCGCCCUGUUGACACCCACCGACAGGUUGACAAACAC